AUGGGCUUGCCAAUGCAAGCAAAUCAGAGUGAAGUGAGGUCGACCUACAUCGCUUUGCUCUUCGUCCGGGUGAGCAUCGUAGGCAUCGUUUCUGAGGGUGGCAACACUCCUCUUGGUGCUGUUUCUUACGGCGAUUCAAUCUUUCUGACGAGAGACAGGACGACCCUCGAAGCAGCGACUGUUCCUUUGUUGGCUUCUGUACCGUCUUUGGCCUUCUGGAAAGGGCCUUCAGACGAAGAGCGUUCGAUCCAUGUCAGGACUGGCCUGGAGACAGCCAUGGGCGUCGGCCUGGACUGGGGACGUUCUGUGGCGCUUGGUCAUCGCAAGGAUGUUCGCGUAUACCUUGAGCCGCCAGAACAACCGCCAGAUCCGCUUCAGCUCGGGGAGGACAGCCUGGACGUUGCUGCAGCGUGUCAACUGGCCACCGGCUUUUGGACCGGUGAAAACACUGGGUCUCUGCUUGGCUUGGACACUGGAAGCUGCUGGACGUAUGCAUCUGGCAAGGUUGUUGUUGUCACACCUCGAACGGGACAUGUGCUACUGAAGAUAUGUGGCGCUGGCGACGGUGUCCUGCCCGCUGUCAAUGCGGCAGAUGGCAAGGUGUGGGUUGCAGCUGCUGAGGCUGGCGAGCCGACCUUGGACAACUUGGGCAUGCAGAUCGCAAUAACGACAAGUCCUGAGACGCUCUCCGUGUGGCGCCAGUCGCUGAAGGGCCAGGAAGCACCCGGGACAUCGGGGCUGGACUGGCUGGAGGCUGGAGACCAAGCGGAUGAUUUCCUUCCUGUUGCCGCUCUGCUGUCGGCACUGACGGGGGAUGAGGGGCAGGAUGUCUUGGAAGCCACGCUAAACUCUGGCAGAAUUACAUCACGGCCUUGGUCGGAAAGCUACCAGUGCGUGCUCGUGACAGGCUUACCGGGCUCCGGCGCUAUGGAUCUUGCGAAAGCGCUCUCGAAGGUGAUGCGAGCACCCCUUCUUGACAUGGCCGCGAUGUGGGACAGCGCAAGCUCUGGUUCGAGGGUGUUCGGCUUGCGCGAUUGGCUGCAGGCAAAUGCCCAAGAAUGGGCUGUGCUUUGUGACGUCAUGCAGGAUCCUGCUGAACUGCUGCAGCUGUGUGAGUCUCAAGGACUCAGCAUCAUAAGCCACGUUGUCUCUGUCCUGGAGCCCUUCGUUGCAUACCCUUGGGGUGCCGCCCGCCACCCGUUGCUGCUAAGCCGCACAGCCAGUGGCUGGGUCGACGCUGCUUUCGUCCAGGAUGGCCUGGUGAAGAACGGCAAGAGUUCGCAGGAGCAUCAUGAGCUUUGCUCUCUGCUCCUCAAAGAGAUGCACUCGAGCCGCGGUGGCGAGCAGGCGAGCAUGAGACCGCUGACUGGUGACAUCAUUGAGGGUGCAUUGAGACGAAGUCCAUCGCCGCUUGCACGAUUCCUGUCCCGGCCGUAUCAGGGAAUAUCUUCGACUCACGGCGAUCUUUUCCAGCCUCAGGCCAAUCUUUGGAAAUGCUUCGUGCCAGCAUCUCACGUUUUGGACUUCGAGGUUCUCCGAAAGCUUUGCGCACAAUGCCUGCGCGAAGCUGCAGAAGAGUUCAUCUUGCCUCCUGAGCGUAGCUCUCAUUGCCCUUCGGUAUGGAAAGGCCUUUUCUGCAUCGAGGCCAAGGCCCGUGCCGUGGAUUCUGGUGAUUCUUUCUGGGUCGCGCACUUACUCGUAGCAUCUUUUGGUCUAAAAAGAAACGCUGACAUGCCUCUGAUCUGGCGAAGUUCAUGA